AACUGGAGACCCGGUCUCUCUAGGGCUUACCGUGGGCCGAACAUCUGAAGGAGAGUGCCCUCAUCCUUCGGGACUCCUUCUCUGGACAUGCUUCCUGAGGCCGGCUCCCUGUGGCUACUGAAGCUGCUCCGGGACAUCCAGCUGGCCCAGUUUUACUGGCCCAUCCUUGAGGAGCUUAAUGUCACUCGGCCAGAGCACUUCGACUUUGUAAAGCCCGAGGACCUGGACGGCAUUGGCAUGGGCCGGCCUGCCCAGCGCAGACUGUCCGAAGCUCUGAAAAGGCUACGUUCCGGGCCUAAGUCUAAGAACUGGGUCUACAAGAUCCUUGGAGGUUUAGCCCCUGAGCACAAGGAGCCCACCCUGCCCUCGGACAGCCCAACGCACCUCCCUGAGCCAGAAGGGGGCCUCAAGUGUCUGAUCCCAGAGGGUGCUGUUUGCAGAGGGGAGCUGCUGGGUUCGGGCUGCUUCGGUGUGGUGCACCGAGGGCUGUGGACGCUGCCCAAUGGCAAGAGUGUCCCAGUGGCUGUCAAGUCCCUCCGGGUAGGUCCCGAAGGCCCGAUGGGCACAGAACUGGGGGACUUCCUGCGAGAGGUAUCGGUCAUGAUGAACUUGGAGCACCCACACGUGCUGCGUCUGCACGGCCUUGUACUGGGCCAGCCUCUGCAGAUGGUGAUGGAGCUGGCGCCACUGGGCUCCCUGCACGCGCGCCUAACGGCCUCGGCUCCGACACCCCCGCUGCCCGUGUCCCUGCUCUGCCUCUUCCUGCGGCAAUUGGCGGGAGCCAUGGCGUACCUGGGGGCCUGUGGGCUGGUGCACCGAGACCUCGCUACGCGCAACCUGCUGCUGGCGUCGCCGCGCACCAUCAAGGUGGCUGACUUCGGACUGGUGCGGCCUCUGGGCGGCACCCGGGGCCGCUACGUCAUGGGCGGGCCCCGCCCCAUCCCCUACGCAUGGUGUGCUCCAGAGAGCCUGCGCCACGGAGCCUUCUCGUCUGCCUCGGACGUGUGGAUGUUUGGGGUGACGUUGUGGGAGAUGUUCUCCGGGGGCGAGGAACCCUGGGCCGGGGUCCCACCGUACCUCAUCCUGCAGCGGCUGGAGGACAGAGCCAGGCUGCCUAGGCCUCCCGUCUGCUCCAGGGCCCUCUACUCCCUCGCCCUGCGCUGCUGGGCCCCCCACCCUGCUGACCGGCCUAGCUUUUCCCACCUGGAGGGGCUGCUGCAAGAGGCCUGGCCUUCGGAAGGAUGCUGUGUGAGGGAUGUCACAGAGCCAGGCGCCCUGAGGAUGGAGACUGGUGACCCCAUCACAGUCAUCGAGGGCAGCCCCGACUCCACAAUCUGGAAGGGCCAGAAUGGUCGCACCUUCAAAGUGGGCAGCUUCCCAGCCUCAGCGGUGACGCUGGCAGAUGCGGGGGGCUUGCCAGUCACCCGUCCAGUUCACAGAGGCACCCCUGCCCGGGGAGAUCAACAGCCAGGAAGCAUAGAUGGAGACAGAAAGAAGGCAAAUCUUUGGGAUGUGCCCCCAGCACGGGGCCAGAGGAGAAACGUGCCCCUGGAGAGGAUGAAAGGCAUUUCCAGGAGUCUGGAGUCAGUUCUGUCCCUGGGUCCUCGCCCCACAGGGGGUGGUUCAAGCCCCCCUGAAAUUCGACAAGCCAGAGCUGUGCCCCAAGGACCCCCUGGCCUGCCUCCACGCCCACCUUUAUCCUCUAGCUCUCCUCAGCCCAGCCAGCCCCCGAGGGAGAGGCUUCCCUGGCCCAAAAAAAAACUCCCACACAAUCACCCCAUGGGAGCGCCUGGAGCUGGUAAAGCCGCCGCCCUCUCUGGAGGCCUCUUGCCUGACCCUGAGUUGCGGAGGAAGAUUAUGGAGGUGGAGCUGAGUGUGCAUGGGGUCACCCACCAGGAGUGCCAGACAGCACUAGGAGCCACUGGCGGAGAUGUGGUUUCUGCCAUCCGGAACCUCAAGGUAGACCAGCUCUUCCACCUGAGUAGCCGGUCCAGAGCUGACUGCCGGCGCAUCCUGGAGCAUUACCAGUGGGACCUCUCAGCUGCCAGCCGCUAUGUCCUAGCCAGGCCCUGAGCUCAGCUUCUGCAGGCACGGACACCAGCAUGAAAAGCCUAGGCCCCCGAGGGCCUGGCCACAUGGGACUAAACAGAACCAGAACAAGGUCCUGACGGGGGUAGACUUUCCACCUGGGGAGACCCUACCUGCUAUAGGCACGUAGCGUGAAAGCUGAUAUGCCUGUGUGCCAAGGGACUGCUGGGACAAUGGUGGGAGGCACUGGCAAACGUCUCCUCCCUCCUAUGCUCCUUGGCUUCUGAAGGCUGAAGCUCCUUUGGCUCGGCCAAGAAGGAUCUAGUCUGCCCACUACAUUCUCAAACAAGAGGACUUGGAGGAAAAGAGCUGCUGUACAUCAUAUCCAGAGGAAGCUUCUACUCACUAGAGAGGAUCAAGGGGUCACACUGGACCAUGCGAACAGCCAUCCUGAACUGCCACCAGCUACCACACUGGACUCUGUGGGGCAGCCAUCCUGGAUGAUGGAAGCCGCCAUAUUGACUUGGGGUAUAGGCCCAAACUGCCUUCAUUUGGUCCAGGGCCAUCGUGGGUGAUGACGAUUGCUGUCUUGCACUCAAGGACAUUUGAUGCUGGUAAUAUGGAUUAUGAGAUGGGCUAGCCCCUGCCCCAGCCCAGCUCUCACAUUCCCCUUUGUUUUUUCCCAUAUCAACUCCUUCUACCCUCCCCUAUUACAUACAUCUUUCAAUGUCCAAAAAGUUACAAAGUUUAUAUGAAUGUAACAUA